CAAACACAGUAUAACUUCAGUCCUCUUAGACUUAUCUGACGAGAUGCUCGUUGCGAUAAUUGCGAGAGUUGCUAUUUUAUUAGCAAUAUUAUAUAACUGUGAUGCGUUCAAAGUGUUGCUGGUGUUCCCUGUGCCCGGGAAGAGUCACUCCAUCUUGGGGGAGGGUGUUGUAAGACAUUUGUUAGCGGCUGGACAUGAGGUCACCUACUUAACUCCGAUACUUAUUAAGAAUCCGCCAGCCAGACUUCGACAGAUAGAUUUAUUUGAAAAUUUCAAGUAUUUGUCAGAAGAUAUUUUCGACGUGAACAGGUUCAUGAAUAAGGAAUUGAAUAUGCAAGAUGAACUUAAAUACAUGGUUAUAUUUGACAAUUUGCUGAAUAACACAUUACGAGUAGAUUUUGUCCAAAAAUUUAUGAAAGAUAGAAGUGUUAAGUUUGAUGUUGUAAUAGUGGAUUGGGCUUAUACGGAGUUAGGAGUUGGAUUUUCAUCAGUAUUCAAUUGUCCUCUGAUAUGGCUUUCGUCUAUGGAUGUCCAUACGACCGUGUUGGCACUCAUAGAUGACUAUUUAAAUCCGGCUUACGCUCGACAUCAUAUGAGUACAGAAUAUUCUUCCAGUUUUUUGAACAGGGUGAAGGAACUUUGGACUAUAUCGAGAACAUGGUUAUAUCAUUGGUGGCAUCUUGACGAAAAAGAAAGAAUGUUUCGAGAGAUAUACGGACCGGCUGCCAAAGAAAGAGGUAUAAAAUUACCACCUUUCAACGACGUUCGCUACAAUGCAUCCCUCAUGCUUGGCAAUUCACAUAUAGUGGUUGGAGAAGCAAUUGCACUGCCGCAGAAUUACUGGCACGUCGGAGGAUACCACAUCAAAAAAACUGUUGAACCAUUGCCAAAGGAUUUACAAAAAAUCAUGGAUACAGCCAAAGAUGGUGUAAUAUACUUUAGCCUGGGCAGUUUGCUGAAAGGCAGAAAAAUACCGAGUGCAGUUAAAAAGCGAUUCCUAAACAUUUUUAGUGAGUUAAAACAGGAAAUUAUCUGGAAGUUUGAUGAACAAAUGACUGAUUUGCCUAAAAAUGUGCAUAUCGUUACAUGGGCUCCACAACAAAGUAUUUUAGCACAUCCUAAUUGCAUACUUUUUAUAACACACGGUGGUCUUCUAUCAACGUUAGAGACCAUAAAAUAUGGCGUGCCAAUUAUCGGUAUACCAUUCUUUGCCGACCAAUUCCUUAAUGUCAACAAAGUUGUCGCUAAAGGAUUCGGCAGGCGUGUAGAUAUAAGUGAAAACACUCCGGAAGAAUUAAGAUUUGCUAUAAGGGAAGUAUUAGGAAAUGCCAGCUACCGCACUCGUGUGAAGGAACUGUCAUCUCUGUUCAAUGCUGAUUCAGAUCCAGGACAGCGGUUGGUUCAGGGCGUGGAGUUAGUGGUCAGGACGAACGGAGCACCACAUCUUCGCUCCGUUGCACUACGCGUGCCGUUCUACCAAAAACUGUACUUGGAUGUUUUACUAUUAGUUAUUGGAAUCGUUUUUGGAGUUAUUAUAUUAAUAUCGUAUGCUUGUAAAUAUUUGCGCACUUUCAUAUCUAGGUCUUAUCAGGCUAAGAAGAAAUUAAACUAAAUGCGUUAUUUAUCUUCUGUUACACAAAGAUAUGUUAUUGCAAGAAAUCUAAAAUUUCUUAUCUUCUAAUAAAUGUCAUAUUAUUGUUUAAGAAACAAUA